AUAAACACUUCCCCCCUGAACACCCCUCUCUCAUCAAACACACAAAAACCUCACUUUCUCACUCUAAAAUCCAUCGAUCCAAGUCUCUCUCUCCUCUUUUCUCGAUCUGCUAGCAUCCAUCACACCAAGAUCAUCAACCAUGGUUGUUGAGGCUAGGGAGAACGGAGCCGGCGUGGCGGUGGCCGACGGCGGGAAGGCGGCGGCGAAGCUGACGGUGAAGAGGGGGGAGCCGGAGCUGGUGGCGCCGGCGGAGGCGACGCCGACGGGGGAGAAGUACUACCUGUCCAACCUGGACCAGAACAUCGCGGUGAUCGUGCAGACGGUGUACUGCUACAAGGCGAAGGCUGCGCCGGCGGAGGACGGCGCCGGCGCCGACGCCGACGCCGACGCCGUGGCCGUGCUCCGCGACGCGCUGGCGAAGGUGCUGGUCCACUACCACCCGCUGGCGGGCCGCCUGACCAUCAGCCCGGAGAUGAAGCUCGCGGUGGAGCUCACCGGCGAGGGCGCCCUGUUCGUGGCGGCCGACGCCGGGUGCGACCUCGCCGACGUCGGCGACCUCACCAAGCCCGACCCCGCCGCGCUCGGCCAGCUCGUCUACUCCGUCCCCGGCGCCAAGAACAUCCUCGAGAUGCCACCCAUGACGGCGCAGGUGACACGGUUCAAGUGCGGUGGCUUCGCGCUGGGGCUGGCCAUGAACCACUGCAUGUUCGACGGGCUGGGCGCCAUGGAGUUCGUCAACUCGUGGGCGGAGACGGCGCGCGGCGCCGCCGAGCUCACCGUGCCGCCGUUCCUCGACCGCACCGUGCUGAGCGCGCGCGACCCUCCGGUGAUCUCGUUCGAGCACCACGAGUUCGAGGAGAUCCCCGACAUCUCCGACACGGCGGCGCUCUACGGCGGGCAGGAGCUCCUGUACCGCUCCUUCUGCUUCGACCCGGACCGCCUGGAGCGCGUCCGCGGCCUCGCCCUCGCCGGCGGCGACCUCGGCGGGCGGUGCACCACCUUCGAGGCGCUGUCGGGGCUCGUGUGGCGCGCGCGCACCCGCGCCCUGGGCCUCGCGCCGGAGCAGCGCACGAAGCUGCUCUUCGCCGUGGACGGCCGCCGCCGCUUCGAGCCGCCGCUCCCGAAAGGCUACUUCGGCAACGGCAUCGUGCUGACGAACGCGGUGGCCACGGCGGGGGACCUCCUCUCGUCGCCGCCGUCGCGCGCGGCGGGGCUGGUGCAGGAGGCGGUGCGGAUGGUGACCGACGAGUACAUGCGGUCGGCGGUGGACUACUUCGAGGCGACGCGCGCGCGGCCGUCGCUGGCGUCGACGCUGCUGAUCACGACGUGGUCCAGGCUGGCCUUCCACGACGCCGACUUCGGGUGGGGCGAGCCGGCCAUGUCCGGCCCCGUCACGCUGCCGGAGAAGGAGGUCAUCCUCUUCCUCGCCCACGGCAAGGAGCGGAAGAGCAUCAACGUCCUCCUCGGCCUCCCGGCCUCCGCCAUGGACGCCUUCCAAAACCUCAUGGACGAGAUAUGAUACCCACAUCAUCCAUUGCACGCAUGCAUGCAUGGCAUGGAUGAUGUCACUCUAUCAUGGUUAAAAUUUGAUUUUGUUAUUAUUAUAAUGUGGUGUUUUUUUCCUUUAUGGUUAUUAAUUUGUGGGGAGAAUGUGUUGGGUUAUGACUUAUGAGGGAAUAUUGUUGCUGGCAAAAAAAUUGUUGUAAAAUGGUUUAAUCGUAAUGAG